AUGUCAACGAUGCCUGUUACAUUACGCACUACUGCAACAGUAUUUCUCCUCUGCGGCAUAUGUGCGCUCGAUGUGUCCAAGGCAAGCAACUUACCUGUCGCAUAUAAGCAGUAUGUAACAAUAAAUGGGCGGAAACUUGAUGGUGAAGCUGUGUUGACACUGUGUACCAUGAAAAAGUUGCUUGACGGUGUUGCUGAUAGAGCAGACUUUCUAGAGAGGCAAUCCUGGAAAUAUUUGAAGGUCGCGAGAGAAAUUUUUCAGAAAGUGUCAGAGCAUGAUGAUAUGAGGGCGGCGCUGGGACAAAAGAUGUUGGAUCAGAUGCGUGGUGUCCAACGUGUAGCGAACCGAACGAAAAGGAGCGUUGAGGAGGCAUGGGAGAAGGCGAAGAGGGCUGCAGCGAACUCGAGCAAAGUUCUCAAGGAGUUGCUAAAAUGGCACUGUAUAAACAAGGAAGCAAUCCGUGAUUCGUUUGACCAUAUGGCUAACGCAAACUGCGAUCCCAGUGCGUAUAAACAUGACUAUCAUCGAAAUUUUGGACAUGAUGACGCUCGCGCAUACGUUAUAUAUUGCGAGUACAAGUCUAUUCCGGCUGCAAAAACUGAUGUGACCUUCUCCAACAUGGAGGGGGCAGUCGAGGCAUGGAAUCGAGCAAAGCCCAAGGCUGAUGCAAGGGAUGCUGUUGAGUGCAGCAGCGGCCAUUCGUCAAGAAGUGCGUCCUCCUCCGAUAAACCAUGCACGCUGCUUGAAAGUUGGCGGUGGGACUACGAUGCAGCAAGGUAUGCGAUACUCAAACUUGAAACUCUAGUCCGCAAUUCCUUGGGGGUGACUCACUAUGCUCAGAGAUUUCAACAGAUUGGAAGGGAGUCUCUUGCACAGUAUCUGGAAUGGAAAAAAGCAGCAGAGGCGCGGGCGGCGGAGGAGGAGGCGAAACGCCAGGCUGCUGAGAAGGCUGCUGAGGAAGCGAGAAAGGCUUUGGAGGAGGCUGAGGCGAGACGAGUGGCUGCUGAGGAACAGGCGGAGGCCAGGCGCUUGGAAGCUGAGAAGGCUGAGAAGGCAAAGGAGGCGGGUCAGCCGGUGAGUGAAGAAAAGAAAAAGAUGUUGCUGGAGGCUGUUGAGGAAGCUGAGGCAACUGAAAAGGCUGCAGAAAAGCAGGUGAAAGAUUCGAGAAAGGCAUUUGAGGAAGCGGAGGAGGAGCGCGUCAAAGCCACCGAAGAUGCAGAAGUUGCGCGGUGGGACAAGGAGGGCGCCGAGGAAUCUGAAGAGAAACUGAAGAAGGAUGUAGAAAAAUUGGCUGAGGAAUUGAAAGAGGAGUCGAAAGAAAGUGGUGAAGAGGACGACGUAAACGCUGACCAUGAUGAUGAGGGCAGCGAGGCCAAGAGUGGCUGGAUUGGGACAACGAAAGUGUUAAUAUUUUUAAUUCCUUUGCUUUUGCUGUUGCUUGGGUUGCUUGUGUUCUUUGUUAUUAGGGGCCGUAGGAAGGCUGAGGUGAAGGAUGAUAUAAACAUAGAGGAGGCUAAUGCUAAAAGCAAAAAUACGAAGACCGCAGCAGGUUUCGACAGUGAUAUUUAA